GUCGCCACCGAUAAACCCCAGUCUCUGUGUAUGUCGGGUUCGCGCGCAAAAACAAUGGCUGCUUCAGCUGAAUAUGUGAAGCACAUCGAGUCGUAUGUUGACUCGUCCAGCUCUGCGACUCAGCAGGCUGCAAGUGUAGAUGCAAUUGCUGCUCUCUUGAAGAAUGACAUGCUAACUGUAGAAGCACUGGUUAAAGAGAUGGAGAUGUAUUUGACCACUACAGAUAGCAUCAUUCGCGCUAGAGGUAUCCUCCUCCUCGGAGAAUUAUUGACAAAAUUAGCAUCAAAGCUUUUGGACAAUGCUACUAUACAUAGCUUAAUAGGAUUCUUCACAGAAAGGCUG